CAAUAAUAUAUCCCAUACACCUCUGCAUCAUCAAUAAUUCCCUCAAGAUCGGUUUACUUGACUCACCACCCACAACCCACAAAUGGCUGAAAUAGUUCUCUACGACACUGCUGGGAGCAUCAUUAGGAGUUUGAGCUCUCUUGCUCUCCAAGAGAUUGGAGUGUUAUGGGGUUUCAAAAAUGAGCUUCGAAAGCUCGGGGACACCGUUUCCACCAUCCAAGCUGUGCUUUUGGACUCGGAGGAGAAGCAGGCCCAUAACCAUGCGAUCAAAGAUUGGCUUCGAAAGCUCAAGGAUGCCAUGUACGACGCCGAUGACUUGCUGGAUGACUACUCCACUCAACUUCUACGCCGACAACUGAUGACACGGGAUAAGAAGAUGGCAAAACAAGUACGCAUCUUCUUUUCCAAAUCGAACCAGCUUGUAUAUGGCUUUAAAAUGGGUCAUAGGAUCAAGGCAGUUAGGGCAAGACUGGAUGAAAUUGCAAUUGAUAGGAUCAAAUUUGGCUUCAAUGAGCACACCACAGCGACACAGUUUGAGCAUGUGAAAAGACAAGAUACACACUCAUUUGUACAUGGGGAAGAUGUCAUUGGGAGAGAGGAUGAUAAGGAGUCUAUUAAAAAGCUGUUAUUCGAUCCCAAUAUGAAUGAGAAGAAUGUUUCCAUAAUUCCCAUAGUUGGGAUUGGUGGACAAGGAAAGACCACGCUUGCGCAGUAUGUGUACAAUGACGAGGAGGUUCGAAGACAUUUUGACUUGAGGAUGUGGGCAUGUGUCUCUGAUCCUUUUGACGUGAAAACUAUCAUUGUAAAGCUUAUAGAAUCUGCGACUAAGGAGAGACCUAAAAGCCUUGAGAUGGAUCCAUUGCAAAGUGAGCUUCGAGCAAAAAUUGAUGGGAAGCGAUAUUUACUUGUUUUAGACGAUGUGUGGAAUGAGAAUCAUGGUACAUGGUCCAACUUGGAAAAGUUGUUAGUGGGUGGCCUAAGAGGAAGCAAAGUUUUGAUUACUACACGUAGCGAAAAGAUUGCAGAGAUUACAGGUACAAUUUCACCAUAUCCUUUGAGAGGUUUAUCUGAAAGCAGUUCUUGGAAUUUAUUUAAGAAAAUGGCAUUUAAAAACGGGGAAGAGCCAAAUAAUCCAAAGCUAGUAGAAAUUGGAAGGGAGAUCAUACAAAAGUGUGCACAAGUUCCUCUUGCUAUAAGGAGCAUUGGGAGUCUAUUAUAUUUCAAAAAUUCGGAAGAUGAUUGGUUGUACUUUAAAAACCAUGAUCUUUACAAAAUAACUCAACAAGAAAAUGAUAUUUUUCCAAUACUUAAGUUGAGUUAUGAUCAUCUCCCAUCACACUUAAAGCAAUGUUUUGCCUUUUGUUCAUUGUUUCCAAAAGAUUAUGAAAUUGAAAUGAAGGUGUUGAUUCAGUUAUGGAUAGCUCAAGGCUUUCUUCAUUCAUCAUAUGGAAAUAGACAUCUUGAAGAUAUUGGUCAUGAAUAUUUUAUGGAUUUGCUUUGGAGGUCGUUUUUCCAAGACGUACAAAGAGAUAUAGUUGGUGAAAUAGGAAAGUGCAAAAUGCAUGACCUUAUUCACGAUCUUGCACAGUCAGUAGCAGGUGAGGAGUGCACAAUUUUAUAUCCAGAUAGAGAAAAAGUAGAUGGAAGAACUCGUCAUGUGGCAUUUCAUUCUUCAGAUUCAUUACCAGAUAUUCCUGCUCUUUUGCCCAAGCCUAACAAAAUAAGAACACUUCUUCUACGCAUUCCAAUACUUCCAGGACUUGAUGAUGUAUUUAACUGGAACAAUUCAGUACUUGAGUUGAAUAAGCCAGUCUUUAAUACACUUAUUUCAAGUUUUAAAUGCUUGCGUGCUUUGAAUUUGAGUCGGUCGAAUAUUCAAAAAGUGCCGAAUUCCAUUGGAAAGUUAGAGCAUUUAAGAUUUCUAGAUCUGUCUAGGAAUGAAGAUAUCAAACUACUCCCUGCUUCUAUAACUAAAUUGCAGAAUUUGCAAACACUAAGACUUGAGUUUUGUCGUGGGCUUAAAGAAUUGCCAGAAGAGACUGGAAACUUAAUCAGCCUUAGGCAUCUUGGGCUAGAAGGGUGUGAUAGCUUGACUCAUAUGCCUCAUGGACUGGGAAAAUUGAUUACUCUCCAAACAUUGUCGCUAUACAUUUUAGGGAAGAAAAAAAGUUUUCUUUCCAAGCCAAAGGGUGGGCUAGGGGAGCUGGAUGGUUUAGAUGAGUUGAGAGGAGACUUAUUAAUCAAGGGUUUAGAGCACUCGAGAUAUUCUCCAUCAAAAGCAAAGGCUGCAAACUUGGAGAGGAAGCAACAUCUUCAAUGGCUGAUGUUAGAGUGGGACCCAGAACCUAGUGAUGAAAGUGAUAAGGCAAUUGCAAAUGAUGAACAACUAUUGCAAAACCUUCGGCCGCACCUAAAUUUGAAAUUAUUAUCUAUAGCUGGGUAUGCAGGUGUGAGGUUAUCUAGUUGGGUGUCCUCGCUCUCAAAUUUGACUUCUAUUAUAAUAUCUGAUUGUAAAUGGCUUCAACAUAUCCCACCAUUGGACCGAUUCCCUUUUCUCGAGCGUCUUUUUCUUACUAACUUAAAUGAGUUGGAGUACAUAAGCAAUGAUGGUAGUGACGUGUCCUCUUCUCCCCUCAAAUUUCUCGCACUUGCUAAUUUGCCAAAGUUGAGGGGAUGGCUAAAGACGAGGGAAACAGAUCAUCUUCCAUUAUUCCCUUCAUUUCCUUCCCUUUCUUUUUUAAGUAUACAGAAUUGCCCUAUGAUGUCUCUAACAACACCCUCCUCUCCCUCUCCCCUUUCCGAUCUCUCCAAAUUGAAGUAUCUUUAUCUUCUGGAAUUAGAGCAACUUGAAUAUCUACCACUAGAGUGGCUGCAGAACCUCACUUCUCUUGAGACCCUAGGGAUUUUCGAUUGUCGUAAAAUGAGAAUAUCAAUUUCUCCACUCUUUCAACAUCUCACCUCACUUGAAAAUCUGACUAUUCUUCGCUGCAAAGAACUUACCAGCAAUGAGAAUGAAGAUGGCGCACAUGGCCUUGGACCUACAAGAUUUGGUCAUCUAUCUAUCAUUGGUGUUCCAAAUUUGGUUUCUCUCCCAAGAGAGCUUAGAGAUGUUACCACUCUGCAAGGGCUUCAAAUUAUGGUUUGCCCUAGUUUGGUGUCUUUACCGGAGUGGAUAAGCGAUCUCACUUCACUUCAGGAGCUUGAAGUCGUAAAUUGUCCGAAGUUAAUAUCACUGCCCGAAGGUAUGCGCCGCCUCACCUCUUUACAUCAUUUGACAAUUGCAGAGUGUCCUUGCUUGGAGGAAAGAUGUGAACAAGGAACGGGAGAGGAUUGGCCAAAGAUUGCUCAUGUCCCAAACUUUCGUAAAGGCGGCGAUGGUAAUCUCAAAGAAUGGAUAGCAAGCCGAAUUCGCCAAUAUCUUGAGGAAGCAUCUACUUUCCCGUAUGGACGCUUCUUGAGACAAUCAGAUUUGAGCAAAGCUCGAAUACUUACAAUACAAUUGAAGCUCUGGCAUACAUGGAUUUAAGAUUUGGAGCCAACUCGAAACUUUUUCACUCUGCAGCUAAGCAUUAAGUUGAGAAGUCCGGAAUUUGAGAUGGAAAAAUUAAGAAAAAUCUAUAUGAUUCCUGGAAUAUCAUCUUAAGGCUUGGUCUUUUAAUUAUCUUCUCAAAGAUCAUAAGGUGCUGAAAGCUGAAGCAGUAGAUAUUAGCCUUGGAGUGGAUCUGGAGGCGUUUGUGAAAAGGGUGCUCCAUGUCAAUUGCCGAAAAAGAGACAAUUCCUCUUAUACGUGCUGGCCUGUAACUUUUAUUUGUCUUUGCCCCUGGUCCCAUGUUCCAUUUCCUCUUGCCUUGGAAUUGUGCCCUUUUCACUUAACUCACUCCUUCCUUGAUCGAAAAAAUAUCAUUUCACAACAGAGGCCAAGAAGGGAGCUUUAAAAUGAAGCUCUUCUUUUUUUCCCUUUUGAAGGAAACCCUGGGAAAGAGGUGGGGAGCUGGGAGUUGGGCUCAAGAGUUGUUUGGGUCUGUCAGCUUGAGCAGCAACUGUUUGAUCAUGUUUUCCCAUCUUCUUCAGAGGAUGUUUCAAGUUUGGCUCCAUUGAUUAGUCCUCUGUUUAUUGAUCAAAUAUUCUCCUCUUUUUCCAUGUGGUGCCAUGGUUGAGGCUUAUUCAAUAGAAAGUAUAAUUUGUAAUACAGUGGGGAUCAAUCAGAGUUUUCAUGGCUAUGAUCUAGUUAGCUUAACCAACUUCAAUUUCAUGUGCUUUUUGUAACUUUACAAAGUUGAACUGAAGUUUGUGACUUUGUUCUGCAGCUUGAUGUGAUAUUGCAACUCAGAUACAAGUGAAGGAAGAUGGAUCUAAGAGGAGGUUUGCUACUUAUGAUUAAGUUGUCCUUUAGCUUAUAAUUUGUUCUUCAUUUUUAUGUUUCUCUUGUGGACCGAAGAGGAGGUCAUACUUUGAAUGAAGUUCGAUAAUUGUUUGCAAAGAAUGGGUGCAUUGAUCUAUUGUUUUAUUAUGCAUUUUUCUCUCCAAUUUACAGCUUACUUUAUAUAGAGACAGCUGAUAGACCUGGAUUACUGGUAGAAAUCAUCAAUAUUAUUGCUGAUUUCAACAUUGAUGUGGAAUCAGCAGAGAGUGACGCAGAAAGACUUGCAUAAAAAAUCAUCAAUUGAUGAAGUGGAUGUGAGAAUCAUUGGGGGAUUUCUACAAUAUUCUGGGAUAUGUCAGCCUCACUUGUACUCAAACCAAUGGAAACUAUAUAGAGCACUUUCAUGAUGAGGAAGAUUGGGUUUCUUCCACUUGCUUGAAAGCAUUUUAAUCUCGAAAGGCAGUGAGAAUGCUUGCUUGUCUUCAAGUGAAAUCAGUUGUUUUGCUGACUGGAAUUGAAGAUCAUGUUAGCCAUCCACUCUGUUUAUGUGUCUCUUGUUAGUGCAGUGCUCAUAUUGAUCUCAAUUGUUGUAAAAUGCGAAUAUCCAUGUCUCCCCUCUUUCAACAUCUCACCUCACGUGAAAAUCUGUCUAUUCUUCGCUGCAAGGAACUUAUCAGCAAUGAGAAUGAAGAUGGCACAGGAUGCCUUGGACCUACAAGAUUUGGUCAUCUAUCUAUAAUAGAUGUUCCAAAUUGGUUUCUCUCCCAAGAGAGCUUAGAGAUGUUACCACUCUCCAAGGGCUUCAAAUUAUGUACUAUCCUAGUUUGGCAUCUUUGCCAGAGUGGAUAGGCGAUCUCACUUCACUUUAGGAGCUUGGAAUCGUAAAUUGUCCGAAUUUAAUAUCACUGCCCGAAGGUAUGCACCGCCUCACCUCUUUACGUCGUUUGAUAAUUGCGAAGUGCCCUCGCUUGGAGGAAAGAUAUGAACAAAGAAUGGGAGAGGAUUGGCCAAAGAUUGCUCACGUUCCAAACUUUCAAAAUGGCGGAGAUGGUAAUCGUAUAGAGUGGAACGCAAGCCAAACUUGCCAAAUUUAUCAGGAACAAUUGAAGGUUUUACGUAUAGACGCUUCUUCGAACCUUGCCGACAAUCAGAUUUGAAGCAACAGGAGCUUUGAAUAUAUUACAACAGAGCUUUGAAUACUAACAUAGAGAUACUUUCAGAUCUGCAUAUCACCCACUAAUUUCAUUUUUCUGCCGAGCAGAAUGAGCUUCGUGAUGAGAAGUAGAGGCUCAAGGCUGGCAAAGAGAAGUUGGAGGAGCAAGUGAAAGCAAUGAGUGCUCAACCAGGCUCCCUGCCUCAUCCCUCUGCAAUGUUGGGAGACAGCAAUUCAUGAAAUGGGUUGUGGGAAUCAUGUGCGGAUUACUGGAAUCUGUUUGGAUAAGACAGCCUUAAUUCUUCAAAGAGACCGAGUAUGGCCGGCUAAGAAGGCAGACGCAAACAAGGGACUUGAGAGAUAUGCAUAGAAAAGCAUCAAUUCAUGAAAUGGAUGUUCAUUGGGCGAUUUAUGCAAUUUGCUCAGAUGUGUCAGCCUCACUUGUACACAAAACAAUGGACAAUAUACAGAGGACUUCCAUGAUGAGGAAGAUUGGGUUCUUUCACUUGCUUGAAAGCAUUUUUACCCCAAAAGACAGUGAGAACUUCUGUAUUGAAGCUUAUUUAUGAUGCCCUUGAAAUUGAUUGAAUGCUUCUUACCAUGGUUGGUAAGACCACUUAGUGACGAAGAAGCGAGGUGUUUUCUUCAGAAUACGAAUAUGCCAGGUUCAUUAUCAGUUAUUAAUAAUUUAAGCUAAUGGUUGUUCGAAAAGCGUGUGAUUUGCUUGUUAUCUGUUCUACUUGUAGAGCUCUCUGAUGCAGCUCUUGAUUCCGAUUCUACACCGGUCAUACUCUUUUUCUGGCCGGGUCUACAAGGAAUGCUUACUUGUCUUCAAGUGUAAUUGGUUGCUUGACUGGAACUGAAUAUCAUAAAUUUAAAAUAUUAGGCACUGAUGCCUAUGAAAGCCUGGAUCAUAGUAAUCUCACUUUCAAGGCUGGAUGGAAUGAGAUACUUGAAUGUUGGAGCAACAACUGGUGAAAUUUCAAAUUAUGAAGAUUUACUUGAAUGUUCUCUGCUGAUUGCUCUGGCAAGUUAUUUACAUGCAGAUUCUGCCAUGAUAAAGGAAGCUACAGCUGAAAUAUUGUGUAUGCAGUGCUUGAAAAUUCAGCCUGUUGGACCAGUUUGCUCAAUUCCUUCCUGUGGUAGACUAUUGAUAGCAGAGUACUAUUGGUUCUCUCCUUUGCCUGUUGCCUUGAACUGGCUAAGCUAUUGAGUCUUGUUACUGACUUGUUUGAAAUAGGCACAAGAAGAAGAAGAAGAUGGCAGAAAGAUGUGCCUCCCUUUUGGUAUUCCAGAAUGUACUAUGAAAUGGGUGAAGCUAUCAUAAGUGUGGGUUGUGCGGAUCCUUUGAUAGCAGUCUACUUAAGAAAAUGAAGAUGCAGGGUUAUUAUGCAUACCAUAGUAAGAGAGAAGGAGGAUUCUAUCCUGGUGCCUAGAAGGCCGGCCAAAACAGACAAGGCUGCCAUUUUGAGUGAUGCUAUGUGACUAAUGUGAGUGGUGACCCAGUUACAAAGUGAAGCCCAGAAGCUAAAUGAAUUAAAUGAGGAUUUGAAAAUGAAGAUUAAAGAAUUGAAGGCUGAGAAGAAUAAGCUUCGUGAUGAGAAGUAGAGGCUCAAGGCGGACACAGAGAAGUUGGAUUUGAAGUAUCGAUGCUUCUUCAGACCUUUCUGACAAUCAGAUUUGUGCAAAGCUCUAAUAUUUCCUGUGGAAAUUUCUACAAUCUGUUUGGAUAUGACAAUCUCACUUCUUCCAAGUGACUAAUUUUGACUGGUUAUACCCACUUAUUUCUAAGAAGGAAGAGACAAACAAGAGACUUGCUUGAUAUUGAUAUUGUAACUCAUAUACAAGUCAAGGAAGAUGGACCAAAGAGGAGGUUGAUCUACGGGGGAUCUCCCUUUGAGACAAAGGAGUACUGCUUUCUCUUUUGCAGCAAUUAGCCUGUGAUAUCAAUAACGAUCUACCCUAAAAAACUUGUUUGGAUGAUAGAUGUGGCUAAUGUCAUAAUCCCAAUAGAUCUGAUGAUUGCAAUGCAUGUGCGGCCCAUAUUUGACCAAGUCUGUAACAUACUCAACCAUCAAUGUAGCUAGCCUACAAUUACUAGUGUUGAGCUCACAAUUGUUCAGCUUCUAUUGCAUGUCAUGAAUUCCAUGCU